CUAAUGUUGUGGGAGCAGCAAAUAUUUGCUUGGAGACGGUGGGUGAGGAGGAAGAAGAAGGGGUGAGGAAGGUUCUGCACAUGGAAGAAGACCUUAUUGCCUCUCAAGGACAUCUUGUUGUUGAAGACGCUCUACCUGAUGUAGGAGACAUCCCUGAGCACGAGUACCCAAAAGCAACUCCUGUGAGGAGCCGCAAAACCAAAAAGAGAGGUCCAGAUGAUUUCAUCCUUAAGCAAAUUAAAACUGAAGAUGGAGCCACUGUGGAAAAGAAAGUUAAAGUUUACACACAAAGGUACCGCAAGGCAUGGCAAAGGUUGCCCGAGUGUCGCGGUUGGUUACGCAUGGGCAGCACCGUGGAGCGCGCGCACUGUUCUGUGUGUAACAAGGAGCUGACAGCCGGCAAGAGUGAGGUGCUCAAACAUGCUGCAGGCAAGAAGCACCAGCGGCGCAUGGAGCUUGCAGCAGCAGGACAGCUUGGUGGAGCAGGGGCGCCCAUAGAAGAUGCUGAUAUGCCAGUCAUGCGCACUGCUUCUAUUGGACCUUUGGAAGGAGCUCCUCAUCACACGGUGGACCUGCGAAGUGACACCGUCACAUACCCCAGCAUCAAGAUGAAGGAAGCCAUGUUUAGGGCCCCUGUGGGUGAUGACGUUUUUGGAGAGGACCCCACCGUCAAAGAGCUGGAGAAAAAAAUCGCGUCCCUGCUUGGCAAAGAGUCUGCUCUUCUUGUGCCAUCAGGCACCAUGGCUAACCUUAUUUGUGUGCUAACACACUGCUGGAUGCGGGGCUCCGAGGUGAUCCUGGGUGACCAAUCACACCUUCACGUCUGGGCUCAGGGAGGCAUUGCCCAGAUCGGCAACAUCCACCACCGGACGCUUAAGAACUUGCCUGACGGCAGCUUCUCGUUGACGGAACUGAAGGCUUUGGUCCGCGGGGACGACCCUCACUGGCCCGUCACGUCUCUUGUCUGCAUAGAGAACACACAGAACAUGUUGGGGGGCAAAGCCUUGCCUCUGCGAUGGCUUGAUGAGAUAGGCGCAGUGUGUCAGGAGCUGGGGCUGCCGCUGCACUGCGAUGGUGCGCGGCUGCUGAACGCGGCGGUCGCCGUAGGCCAGCCUCCUUCCCGGCUAGUGCGCCACUGCCAGAGCGUCGCCUUUUGCAUUAAUAAAGGCCUCGGUGCUCCCAUGGGAUCGCUUGUGGUCGGCAGCAAGGAGUUUAUCGAAAGAGCCAUCAGAGUACGCAAGGUAUUGGGAGGAGGGCUGCACCAGGCUGGGAUGUUCGCAGCUGCAGGACUGUACGCUCUCGAGCACGUCGCCCCCAGACUGGCUUGGGACCACACACACGCCAGAGCCAUUGCACAGGGCGUGAAGGAGAUGCACAGCAGCGCCGUGACGGUUGAUCUGAAGGAGGUUCAGACCAACAUGGUGCUGCUCACCACCGACAACAUUCGCGUUAAUGCUAAGAAGCUCUGCGACAGACUGGCUAUGGUUAGCGACGAGGAGGCUGAGGAGCUGGACGAGCAGACGGUCGUGAUGAUGCUGCCCAUCACAGACACGGUGGUGCGGUGCAUGACUCAUUGCGCCCUUACCAAGAGCGAUAUAGCUUCUGUUGUUAAAAAGUUGAAGUUCGUAAUCAACGAAUACGAUAGCAUGGUCUUCUUGGAAUAUAAAAUUGAAGUCGGGCAAGGCUAACCUCGCUUUCGUCAUCAUUUUUAUUUUAAUGACAUUGAAGUGAUUACGUAUGAAAUAUUUCAAUUACUUGGAUAUCCUCAUUCAUGUUGAAAUUUUAUUUUGCAGCAGUGUAAGAUUAGGCCUCAAAGAGCUAUUCUUUUCAUGUCAUUGAGGUUUAUAUAAUUCAGUGAGGAAGUCAGUUGUAAAUUUUAAUUUUAAAAAUAAUUAAUCGUGCAUGGAUGGUAUUCACCGUCUGGAAAUUCAGUGCAGUACAAUGCACGUGCGAUGUGAAAGUGGCUCGAUCUUGUGGUUACUUGUUGGCUGUCAACAUGAGGUACAUUUGAUAUAAAAAUUUUCAACAAUGAAAAAUAGUUGAUCGAUGUUGAGGUGGGCAUUGUAAGAAUCUUCUGUCUGGUACCUAAUCGCAGACGCUGCCUUCUAAAAAUGGAGGCCAGGAGGGCAAAAAAAACUCGUACGCGGCAUUGAGAAAUAAUCGUAUAGAAAGAUUGAACACGUGUUUCAAGCGCGCUGUGAUUACUUGGUCCUUGUGCAAUGUUACGCUGAGUUAGCUUCAGCAAACUUUUCACAUGAUAUUUACACUUUUCGUCCUUGAUAGGUAUUUCAAUAUUUACUUAAGAUCUUUUGCGUCAUUUACUAUCGCAAAUCUUUGUGUAACAUGGUUUAUAAAUUACACGAAGUACAGAUCUGUGACGAGUAAAAAGUAAACCAAUUCAGUCUGCAAGUAUUCCCGAGACUGCGCUGUUAACAUAAGUCAAUAAAUUUUGAUUAAUAUCGAAUUGC